AUGGGUUUUUCCGGAAAAUUGUGGAUUGGGGAUGACAAAGAGGAAGCUGGAGAUGAGAAUGAGCAGCCACCGGUUCAUCUCGUUGAUCUUCUACAAAGAGAAAUAUCCGAUUUUCAACAUGAUCAAUGUUCUCGUUUUUCUAAUAUAUGGAAAAGCAACUGGAGAAGGUACCAUCAAGAUUUAACUGAUUAUCUUGAAUCAUUCCGUUUAGCUAAUAAACUCAAGGAAUCAUUCCGUUCAGUUACUGAACUUAAAGCUAGGGGGAUCCACUUCAAGCCAAGCAAAUCCGUUUCUCUUCGAGAUGUUGAUUUCAAAUCACACUACGUAUAUGGAAUGCUUACACUUCCUCCUACUUACCUUUAUUAUCAAUCACAAAUAUUCUAUACAAACUUGAUAGCCUUUGAAUUGUUUUCUGCUCCUUAUAAUGAUUUAGCAGUUACGACUUACAUCAGCUUCCUGAAUUCACUCAUUGACAAUGCUGAAUAUGUGAAAGAACUGAGGUCAAAGCGUAUUCUCAUUGACGAUCUAGGCAGUGAUGAGGAGGUGCUUAAAAUGUUUAAGGAGAUUGCCACAUACUCGACAGAGAAUACAGAGAUUUACCAAGUGGUUAGAGAUGGCAUUGAAAAGCACUACGAAAGCAAGAUGAAGACCUGGAUGGCUGAAAUCAUUCACAAAUAUUUUACCAAUCCAUGGGCUGCUAUCGGUUUAAUCAUUGCAACCUCUAUCAUUGUGUAA